CUUGAGUAAAAAAAAACAGAGUAACAAAAAAAUCCUCAUCACGAGCAACUUUUUUUUAUUUGUGGAGUUUACUCCUUAAGAAUCGAUUUUUCAUAUAUAGUACCCGGUAUAAAAAAAAUUUGGGCAGUAAAAUUCGAUGAACGAUUGACAGCGUUACGUUUUUGUGCGCAUCCUAUUCUGCGCGCCUUUCACCUUUUACUUUAAAACCAAUGACGAAGUUGACGAACAACUAAUAAAAAACAAUAUUUAAGUAUUUUUUUUUUCACUAAACAGCUUUCUAUUUGCAAGCCAGUUUCGAAAAUUAAAUUAAACCUUUGACAAGUUACCUCUUUGGUCGCCAUGUUGCGGAGUACAAGAUCGUUCAAUUUUAAAUUACACGACAAAUAUGAUUUAACUCUAGUUGCGCGCGAACCGCGCUAGCGAACGCAAGUUGCCAAGUCAAGUAUUGCGCCAACGUGUAAUUUUUUAUAAAUCUACCCGCUAUUUAUUUUUUUUUUUACAAUGGAGGAAGAUGGUUUGAGUGACUCAGAAUCGACGGAAAAAAUAGGGUGUAAGAGGCCGAGGGAGUCAGAUGGUAGUGAUGACGGAUUCACAACGGUGACAAGACGAAAGUCGAAGAGAGGCGAGCGAGAAAAUCACGGGCGAGAUAAUGUAUGCGAGGAGGGAAGGAGUGCUGAGGAAAUAUAUACUGAAGUUAGUUUGUUUGGAACACAUACACUCCCGAAACAGAUGGCCUUUGCAAGAUUUUUGAGAGACGAAAAUAUUGGAAAUGUCAUGAAAAUUAAAUAUAAAAGCCCAUACAAAUUAAUAAUACGAUUUAGCGAAAAACAUAAUGCCCAAAAAUUGGUUAAUUUGAAAAAAUUAGAAGAAUUGAACAUAAGGGCUCAAUUCACAACUGACAGCCUAUUAUCCUACGGCAUUAUCAAAGGUGUUGAUCUGGAUACUAGCGAAAAAGAGCUAUUGGAGAGUCUAAGUUGUGAUUACGACAUAAUUUCUGCUAAAAGGUUGCGACGUGUGAAUAAUGAGGGUAAGUGGGUUGAAAGCGAAUCGGUGAGACUAUGUUUUAAUAACCCUACUGCGCCUUUAUACAUAAACGCGUAUGGAUGUAGAUUCGAUGUUGAACGAUACGAGUUUCCUGUGACACAAUGUUCUGGGUGCUGGAAAUUUAAUCACGUUAGGAAAUUUUGUAAUUUAAAUAAAAGCAUAUGUCCAAAAUGUACUGAAUAUCAUGAUAACUGUGAAAUAAAGGAAUUCAAAUGUGUAAAUUGCAAAGGUCCCCAUAUGGCUCUUGAUAAGAGCUGUCCUUUUUUUAUUAAAGAAAAAGAAAUUAGACAAAUAAUGAGUCAAAGAAAUGUUACAUAUAAGGUGGGUCUUGAGUUAUUUCUUAAAAAUAAAAAAGAAGAUGAAAAAUAUCACGACAUAAAUGACGCAAUAAACAUAGAAAUAGAUAGAGAUUUUAUAAAGGAAGUUCCAACGAAUGUGAAUAGAAGUUACAGCAGUGUACUCAAAACCAAGGCGGAAAUACAUAAAAAUGAAAAAAGGCCUUUAGUUGAGAAUAAAGUUAAUAAGAGUAAAAAUAAGGACAAAACAGAAAAUAAGUAUAAAAAAACUAAGGUUAAUUCAAAUAAUUAUAAUAGUGAAAACCAGAAUUUCGAAAUGGAUUGCGACCGAAGCGAAGACAGCGAUCAGGAUACGACAGAUCCUACAGAAAAAGCAGAAAAAAGAAGAAAAAGAAAUUUUGACGUGUGGAAACUACUUCAACGAAUUAAGGAAAUUAUUGUCUGUGAAGAAAACGUUGGUGACAAAGUUUUGUUAGUGGUAAAAGCUGUUUUUGAAGAAUGUAAGUUGUUUUUAGUUGAUUUUUUGAAAGAAGGAAAGUUAUAUGACAUUCUUACAAAUAUAAUAUUUAAUGGAUAAAGCAUUCAAUUUAAACAUAAU